GUAGAAGGCGGUAAUGCACUUCGUGUGCAAACUGCCAACAAAAUCCACGGAAGAAGAAGGUUUACACGGGACGCUGUACGGGAGUACACUGUUUGUAAACUUGGAUAUACUUCCAGCUGUAGAUUUGAAGCUUUCGGCUCUCUAGCAGAAGUGUCCCAGAAACACAGAGAUGAGGACGCAGUCUUUGCUCUUGGUGUUGCUGGUGUGUGUGUUGUGGCAGCACGGCAGCACCUCCCUCGUGACCGCUGAAUGCCAAGACGCCGCUGUGGUGAAGGCCGCCGAGGAGACACUGGAGCAGAUCAACGCAGACAGACAGGAGGGCUAUGUCCUCUCACUCAACCGACUUUAUGACGUCAAACAGGACAUAAAUGCAGAAGGCGUGAAGCAUUUGCACCUGACCAUAGAUGUCCUGGAAACAGAAUGUCAUGUGAUCAGCCGGAGAAACUGGAAAUCCUGUGCUGUUAAGGGGAUCGGCAGUCUUCCGGUGUUCGGGACGUGUGAUGCAUCGGUUUCCCUUCAGAGCUCCAUCAAAGUUGAGAGCUACAACUGCACUCUUCAACAAGUGGCAGCUCAAGCUAUAGUAAACACGUGCCCCGACUGUCCAACUGCAGAACGCUUAGACGAUCCAGUUAUAUCUGAGACCACAAGGCUGGCCCUGCAGAAAUAUAACAAAGACAGCACUUCUCCACAUCUCUUUGCUCUUCUGAAUAUAACAGCAGCCAGCAUGCAGUGGGUUGUGGGUCCGUCUUAUUUUGUGGAGUUCACCAUUCAAGAGACUGAGUGCAAGAAAAGCACCGCUGAUGUCGAGCUCACGCAGUGCAAGCUGAAGGACUCCGAGUCAGCACAAAAGGGCUUUUGCACUGGUUCACACAUCAAUGCUGAUGACGGGAUGGAGAUGAAGGUUCCUGUUGAGGUCAAAUGUCAAAUCUUUCAACCGAUGGCUGCUCAACAAGAAGCUUUUGGAUCAGUACAUGUUCUCUCUCCUCCACCCACGCAACCUGCCCCCAGAGUCCAGCCCACGGCCAGCAGCUGCCCCGGGGAGAGACGACACAAGCUCGGACUGACCGAGCUGGAUCUCUGACUGAAAGCACAUCCGGUCUAAACGAGCACUGGAGAUGUUCACAUUCCCCAAAAGACAAAUGUGCUUUUCAUUUUCAUAUUUACAGUUUUCUAGCAUAUAGUUUGACGCUUAUGCACAGUAACACAAUACAUUUGUGUUAGGGUAAUGACAAAUAAUAUCUUUAAUCAACACGAUUAUUUGAAGUAGCCUAGCGUGAAUUAAAUAUUUUGGUUUGGCAAGCAAUAAUCAAUUGAGAAAAAGAGGGCAAUUAUGUCAGUUAACCACAUUCUGAGCAUAUGGUGCCAAUGUACACAUUAAAAUUAAGUAAAUUUAAAA